UCGGCCAUAAGGGUAGUUUCGGCCCUCUGGUCCCGCCUCCCUUAGCAACAGACUCCAGCGCAACCUGACUCCUGCGCCACGCCCCUCCUCCCGGCAUUCCUCCCACUCCGCUAGCAACUUCACAGCGGCCGAGCAUCUGGGACUGGCGCGAGUGCUCUGAGACACCCGCGACAGCAGGCAGGGAUUUGGCCAUGGUGAACGAACCCAGAGGGAAAGGCGGCCCCAGCGCCCAUCUGGAGGGCUCCAAGGACAGUUUGAGAGGUUCCCCACCAGGACUGGACCCUGAGCGGCGUGAGAGACUCUGGGAGAAAAUGAAGCGGAGGAUGGAAUCUGGCGACAAGUGGUUCUCUCUAGAAUUCUUCCCUCCACGGAUGGCUCAGGGAGCUGUCAAUCUCAUCGCACUGUUUGAUCAGAUGGGGGCAGGAGGUCCCCUGUUCAUAGAUGUGACCUGGCGCCCCACGGAAGACCCUGGCUCAGACAAGGAGACCUCCUCCAUGACCAUUGCCAGCGCCGCUGUGAACUACUGUGGCCUGGAGACCAUGCUGCACAUGACCUGUUGCCACCAGAGCCGAGAGGCCAUCACGGGCCACCUGCACAAGGCCAGGCGGCUGGGCCUGAAGAACAUCUUGGCAUUGAGAGGAGACCCCACAGGUGAGCAGUGGGAGGAGGAGGAAGGAGGUCUCUCCUACGCCGCAGACUUGGUGAAGCACAUCCGCAGCGAGUUUGGUGACUACUUUGACAUCUGUGUGGCAGGUUACCCCAAAGGCCACCCUGAUGCCGAGAGCUUCGAGGCCGACCUGGAGCACCUGAAGGAGAAGGUGUCCGCGGGAGCCGACUUCAUCAUCACCCAGCUCUUCUUUGAGGCUGACACGUUCUUCCUCUUUGUCAAGGCUUGUUCCGAGAUGGGCAUCACCUGCCCCAUCCUCCCUGGGAUCUUCCCUAUUCAGAGCUACCACUCCCUGCGGCACCUCAUGAGGCUGUCCAAGCUGGAGGUACCGCAGAACAUCAAGGACGUGAUCGAGCCCAUCAAGGACAAUGAUGAUGCCAUCUGCAACUAUGGCAUCGAACAGGCCGUGAGCCUGUGCCAGAAGCUGCUGGCAAGUGGUUUGGUGCCGGGCCUGCACUUCUACACCCUCAACCGCUGGAAGGCUACCACCGAGGUGCUGAAGCGCCUGGGCAUGUGGACCGAGGAACCCAGGCGUCCCCUGCCCUGGGCUCUCAGUGCCCACCCCAAGCGCCGGGAGGAAGAUGUGCGUCCCAUCUUCUGGGCCUCCAGACCGAAGAGUUACAUCUACCGCACCCGGGACUGGGAUGAGUUCCCCAAUGGCCGCUGGGGCAACUCCUCCUCUCCCGCCUUCGGGGAGCUAAAGGACUACUACCUCUUCUACCUGAAGAGCAAGGCCCCACGGGAGGAGCUGCUGAAGAUGUGGGGGGAGCAGCUGACCGGCGAGGAGAGUGUCUUUGACGUCUUCGUGCACUACCUCUCGGGGGAGCCGAACCACCACGGCCAUCCAGUCACCUGCCUGCCCUGGAACGACGAGCCCUUGGCGGCUGAGACCAGCCUGAUGAAGAAGGAGCUGCUGCGAGUGAACCAGCGGGGCAUCCUCACCAUCAACUCCCAGCCCCGAGUCAACGGGAAGCCUUCCUCCGACCCUGUCGUGGGCUGGGGCCCCAGCGGGGGCUACGUCUUCCAGAAGGCCUACCUGGAGUUCUUCACUUCCCGGAAGACGGUGGAGGCGCUGCUGCAGGUGCUGAAGAAGUACGAGCUCCGAGUUAACUACCACAUCGUGGACGUGAAGGGUGAAAACAUCACCAAUGCCCCUGAGCUGCAGCCCAACGCUGUCACUUGGGGCAUCUUCCCUGGACGGGAGAUUAUCCAGCCCACCGUGGUGGAUCCUGUCAGCUUCAUGUUCUGGAAGGACGAAGCCUUUGCCCUGUGGGUCGAGCAGUGGGGCAAGCUGUACGACGAGAAGUCCCCAUCCCGUCUGAUCAUCCAGCACAUCCACGACAACUACUUCCUCGUCAACCUGGUGGACAAUGAGUUUCCGCUGGAGAACUGCCUGUGGCAGGUGCUAGAAGACACACUUGAACUUCUCAACAGACCCACGUCGGAAUGAGAGGGUUACUAGCUCCAUGACCCCGCACCCUGACAUCCUCAGCUUACACCCUAGCAUCCUUAGAGAGGGUCCACCUUUCUCCUCCCUAGGACUGGUUCUUCUGGGGACCCCUAUUUUUGUCCCUCACCAAGGCCGGGCUCCACUCCCCCACACAGAGUGGAAGCUAGACUGGUGUGGGGCUUGUGGGCUCUGGCUGGACCUGAGUCAGCCCCACGUGGGAAUGUGGUGCUCCCUGCUCAGCCGGGAGAGUUUGCUCUUUCGUGGGGAGCACCCCCACCCUGCAGAUGGCCACAGUGGAUGGGACACCAUCUCCCUGAGAAGGGAGGAGACUGGUUAUUGCUGACUGAGCCCUCUGCUAGGAGCCUGCCUGAGACUGCCAGUGACCUUACACUUGGGGCCCAGGGAAGGUGGGCAAAGCGAACACGGGUAGCAGGCACUUGUGGCAUUGCCAAAGAGCUGUGGCAAAAUGAAGAUGUCGCCCUUUCCCACCUCCAAGACAUUUGCAGCCGGGCACUUCCUACUUGUGACUGAAGAGGCAGACACCGCGUGGCAUCAGGCCCCUGGCCGGGUCUGGGGCUGAAACCUAAUGACACAAGCAUUUCUUGCCACCUUCUACCUGAGAGCCCGGCUGGGCUUUCUCCUCUCUGCAAUGCUGCUUUUCGAAACGGUUGUCACUGCAUUCUGGUGGCUCAAGAGAUAGAGUACCUCUUAA